GCUGCAAGAGACAACACCUGUGAUGUUCAAACAAUCAAGAAAAGAAAUAAGCUCCUGUGUUUCUUCUGGUUGAAACUGUAAACAGGAGGCUGCUGAAUACCAUGGUAACACUAAUAUCAGAAAAACUGAAAAACCAGACUUUGGAUGACUUGGCAUGCAAAACAUUAAAUAUUAAUUUGUACUCAGAUGAGAAGCAGAACAAAAGUCAUAGCCUGUUCCCCUUUGAAGUUAGUGAAGAGGGCUCUUGGAAAACUUCACAUGAAAAUUCUCAAGUCAGAACCGAGUCAAAUAAGAAUUCAGUUUGUUCUCUGCCAUUAUUUCAAUUUCGUUCAAGUGGAUCCAGUGCAGUUGCACAUUGGCAACAUGAAUCUUCAGGUCAGUCUCUGGACCCAGCAUCAUUAAAUGAACUGACUCUGAAUGAGAACACCAGGCAGUCAUUGACACCACCUCCCAAACGGCAUUGUAGGUCACUUUCUGAACCAGAUGAGUUGGUUUGGUGCCGAUCACCAUGGAAACCUGGCAGUUCAAAGAUUUGGACCCCCAUGUCCAAGAGGCAAUGCAACAGUGGAUGCAGUACUACUUUGCAACGAUGCAACAGCCAUGGAAGCACCUACGUAAAGCAAUGCGCAAGCAUCAGUUUGUCCCAUAGUCACCAAUCCAGAAGCAGUGUAUUCCAAAUCACCAGCCGCAAUGCUUCACCGGUACCCAGACCUUCUUCUGCAAGUAGUGGUUCUAUAGAUAGCAAUGAAGGAAGGUCAGGUUCAGGUUUUCAUUGGCAUUCUGGAAGAUCUUACGACUUUCACCCACGGCGUCGCCUUUCCCUAUCACAGGAACACAUUACUGAAAUGGGAAACAGCUUCUCUUCAGCUAAUAGCACUCCCACGUCCACUCCAGAGCUCAGUCGGAGUCAGGUCUUGUUGAGAUGUCACUCACAGCCUUGUGUCUUGAAUGAAAAGAAAAGCCGACUUAAGCGCCGGAGGGACGAGGAUAUCCACUGGAAUCGUCCUUCGUUAGACUUUUUAAAAAUGACUCGGACUUUAAAAAUUUCAAAAAGUCUCUGCUCACUUGAUUAUGAGGAUGAUGACACACAGAUGAAGACCAUUGUCUCCUCUCCAUGCGACUCAAAUGACUUUAUGAACAUAACCACUCCUGGUUUAAGCCUAGAAGAGGAUCAGCUAAAGGCUGUCUGGUGCCAUGGCUCACAGCAAGCCAACUUCAGCAUGAGGAGCUCCGUGGAAGUGGCUGCUAUGUGCGAAAGUGAAGAAGAAACUAGUGACUGUGAGAGCACUGAAGAAGGCAUCUUUCCUCUGGACUAUGAGGCCAUAGAUCUAGAGCAGAUAGAAAAUAAUUGAGCCAAAGACAUCCUAAAAAUUAGUAUUGUAUGUUUCACCAGAAAUGUUACUGGGCGAUGAUACUACCUGUGUUUCUGACUUCCUGCACCUUGAGUAGUCUACCUACUGCUUGAGUGAGAAACAAGAAGGGUGAGUUAUAAAAACAGUUGGCACUGAAUUAUAGAUGAAUACAGGGACACUUUCAGAGCAAUAUGUGGAGAAAUCAUUUGAUUUAGAUAUUUUUUUAAAUAAAUGUCUAUUCUUUCCAACUCAGAUACUGAAUAUUUUUGAAACAAGAUUUUGAAAGAGUAUUCAGUGCUGCAGCGGGAUUUAAAGUAUCUUGCAACAUAAUUAAACAUGUGAAUGGGUUGCAUAAUGAAAUUUCUAGCAAACCAUACGUCCAAAGUAUAUAUGGUAACUGCCUUGUAUGGUGAGUAGUUUGGGCUUUGUAUACACGUCAAAAUUUGGUUCACAUGCUGUUGGCAUCAUUGAAUGUUCAUGGAUUUGCAUUUGCCUAUCUUUGUUUGGAAUGAGCAGCAUGUGAACCAGACGACACUUACCAAAUUAGGUGGCCAUAACAGCCUUGUCAGGACUGCCCAAACCGUGGAUAUUCUAGCUGCUAAAUAUAUACAUACCUUCAGUUUUUGUGCCAUGUUGUAAUGAGAACAUAGAAUGUAUAUGAGUAUUGAUAUCUAAAAACGUCACAUUGCACCUUUUGUAAAUCAGCACUAAGACUAUCAAAACCUUUGUUUACCUACAAAUAAUGCCCCACUUAAACUGUUGUGUUACCUGAAACAAUGUUCCUGAGCCUUUUCUGGGCACUUCUUGUCUGUUUAUUCAACAUGCAAAGGAAGCAGGAAAAAUGUACUAGUCCUAAUGCUUCAAUUGUCAGGUUUGGCAGUUUCAAAAGGAGAAUAUUCUGUAGCCAUGGACACUCUCCUUUUCAAAUUGUUGCUCUAAAGAUCAGGACAAGGUUAGCAUGCUCCCCCUCCAUACAGACUGAAUAGAGAAGUGGAACAUGUGAGGAGAAUUUGAGUGGGUUGGAUUGCAAGUAACUGCUACUGUGGUUAAGAGGAAUGUAUAACAAAAAUACUUGAACUUCCAUGAAGGGACUUUGGAAUUAUGAGCUUUCCAAGAAGGUUGUCUUUUCAGCAAAACUAAGUGGAAACUAGUCCUUGAAAUACAUACUUCUUGUUUUCAA